CGUCACUUCCGGCAGGGCCGGGCGGGCGGGGGCCAUGGCGGCGCUGGGGGAGCCGGUGCGGCUGGAGCGAGACAUCUGCAGAGCAAUUGAAUUGCUGGAAAAAUUACAGAGAAGUGGAGAAGUGCCACCACAAAAGCUACAGGCAUUGCAAAGGGUCCUUCAAAGUGAGUUCUGCAACGCUGUAAGAGAGGUGUAUGAACACGUAUAUGAAACUGUGGAUAUCAGCAGUAGCCCAGAAGUUAGAGCUAAUGCAACAGCAAAGGCCACAGUAGCUGCUUUUGCUGCAAGUGAAGGUCAUUCCCAUCCCAGAGUGGUUGAGCUGCCCAAAACCGAAGAAGGUCUUGGAUUCAACAUCAUGGGAGGCAAAGAACAAAAUUCUCCAAUCUAUAUUUCUCGAAUUAUCCCUGGAGGUAUAGCUGACAGACACGGAGGCCUGAAACGUGGAGACCAGCUGCUUUCUGUGAACGGAGUGAGUGUUGAAGGUGAACACCAUGAAAAGGCUGUAGAACUGCUGAAGGCAGCCCAAGGAAAGGUUAAAUUAGUUGUACGAUACACGCCAAAAGUCCUGGAAGAAAUGGAGUCAAGAUUUGAAAAAAUGAGAUCGGCAAAACGCAGGCAGCAAAACUAACGUUGUAUGCAAUAACUUAAAGAGAAAAUAUAUUCCUUUUACAUAUUAUAGUUUCUUUGUGACUCGGUUGAUCCAAUGCCUGGGCUACAAAAACCCCAUCCUUUUCAUAGAAUCAUGGAACGACUGAGGUUGGAGGGACUCCUGGAGAUCCAGUCCACCACGCCCUCAGCUCAGAGGAGGGCCAGCUAGAGCAGGUUGCUCAGGACUGUGACAUGCUGGGUUUUUAAGCAUCUCCAGGGAUGGAGGCUCCAGAAGAUCUCUGGGCAGCCUGUUCUAGUGCUUUGCUCUCCCUUACACCAUGAAAGUCCAUUUUUAGUUUAAAUAGAGCUUCCAAUAUUUCCACUUGUGCCCAUUGCCUCUUGUCCAGUCACUGGAUUCUACUGAGAAGAGUUUGGCUCUUUAUUUAAUCCUCCCUUUCAGGCAUUUACACAGGUUGGUAAGAUCACCCCUGAGCCUCCUCUUCUCCGGGCGAGACAAUCCCAGUUCUCUCAACUUCUCCUUGUCUGUAAGAUGCUCCAAUCACUUAAUCACCUUUGUGGCCCUUCACGGAACUCGCUCUUGUACACCCAUUUCUGUAAUGAACUGGGUAGCCCAAAACUGGACCCAGCACUUGUGUCUCACCAAGACUGAGCAGAGAGGGAGAAUCCCCCUCCCUCAGCCUGCUGGCAGUGCUUUUCCCAGUGCAGACCAGGAGACUGCCGGGCUGCUUCGCUGCAAGGGCGCUUGGUGGCUCACAGCUUACUGCUGCUCUGCCAGGCUGCUUUGCAGCUGGUCAGUCCCCCAGUCUCUGCUGGUGCGUGGGGUUAUUUCCCCCACGCUGGGUGUAGGACUUUGCACUUUGCUGAACUUUCUGGGGUUCUUGUUUGCCCGUUUCUCCAGCCUGCUGAGGUCCCUUUGGAUGGCUCGCUGAGAGCGUGAUCUGUCCCGUCACCCGGGUUGUUAAUGAGAACAGGCAACAGUUUGGACCCCAGCACAGGCCCUGGGGUGCAUCAGUAGUGACUGGCAUCUGGCAGGACACUGUGCCACUGAUCACAAACCCUCAGCAGUUUCAGAAUGUUUUCAGUCUCCACGUGUUUCACAGUUUAAGAGGAAUGUGUACUUUUAAAAUGGCCUAAAAUACCCUGAAAAAACAUAUACGGUGAUAUUUCUAUUGAUUUUUAUUUUUUUUUUAAUAAAUCUCACGUCAGACCUUUAAGCAAGAAAACGAAUUUACAGAUUUUUCAAAGGCAUUUAAUAAGACAUACUGGUACAAUCGGCAUCCCUUUCUUCCUGUUCUCUUUUGGCAUUACUUAACAUAGAAUCUGCAGGGGUUUUUGCUGAAUGACUUUUGGAAAAAAAAUUCUUAUGUAGCAGUAUUUUGGCACUUUUCUUAAGAAUAUGUUGUAUAUCGACUAUAAAACCUAAUCACAAUCUACUGUGUAGCUGAUAAUGAUACCAGAUUUUGUAACGUUUUGGUGAAUACGUUGUUUUUACACUUCUGCUAAAUUGUAAUUCAUUAUUCUGGAAAUUGUAUUACCUCUCCUGUAAAUAAUUUACAGUUGGUGUUCUCAUAUAAUGAUUUUGUAAUAGCCAACAUUUACAAAUUUGCAACAAUCAUUCCUGUAACUUAUAUUAUUUUGUACUAAUUUUAAAGCAGUUAAGGGGAAAAAUAUGACUGUUGUAUGCAGUUCUGGAUUGACUCUCUAGAUGUAUUUUUAUAUUGAGAAACAGAAGGUAUAUUAACGCAGUGCAAAAGAAUUCCAGAUGUUUCCCUGACUUUCUGCUGUUUAAAAGAAUUAUUCAUCUUUACUGUCAUACCUCUCUUAUCUUUUUCAUAUCUUCUAUUGUAGUCUUAUCUACACGCUGAAUGUGUUGGUCCUGCAGUAGUUAGUACCUACAUUACUGAUUGUUAUAUUUAUAAGAGUAAAAUGUUCUGAGUCUUAAAUGCCAGGUUACUGUGACAUGUGAACUUGUCUGGGGUUUUAUUACUGACUGCUUCUGACUUGGAGGAUUCUUGUUUGUGCUACAGAAGUACUACAUCACCACUGCUAAGUAAGGACAUCUCCAUCUGUAAGCAAUUGAUGUCUUAUCUCAUGCAUGCUUGGUGAUGGCAUGGGUUUUGUGUGCCCUCUUGGAGAAAAUUUCUGGACAGAGAUUCACUUUUUGGAAUCUACCAGGUGUAGUUUAGGUUUGGGGUUUGGAUUUGUUUUGGUUUGGGUUUUUUUUGAACUUCACCUUUUGGUAUAUAUCUAGGAUUAACUUCAUUGUCUACUGGGUGUCUGUUCACUUGUAUGGCAGCUCCGAGUCCUUCCUGUUAGUAAUUUGAUUUUUAGAGGCUUAAACUGAAAAGUGCAGUUCUUGCUGUGUGAUUUCUAGUCUGAUUUCACAUGGGGCAGUAUGUGAAAGGAAAAAGGAAACAGCUAGUGAUCUGAAAAUGGCAGCAUGAAGCUUGUGCUUUGUCAGGUGAGCUAUUCGAAAAUAAAAAAAAAAAAUGUGAUUGCUACAGGCAAGUGAGAAAUGUGAUUGCCUCCUGCAUGUUUGUAAGCAUGGUAAGCCUGCAAAAAGAAAUUUCGAAGAUACUGGUAAUUUGAAAAUUCAGUAUAAAUAUUUAUCAGCUAGAUGACAUUGAGCACUGAAUUGCAUGGUUCGUUAUGUGUCAUAGGCCUCUUUCAAAAGGCCUCAUGUUACUGAUACAACCAUGAUGUUGAAUUGUAUAUUUUUAUGGAACAACUGAUGUUUAAAGUAUUGAGACCAAAAUCAUUAGUUAGAUCAAUUGUGGAUGUGUUUUAAUUUAAUUGUAAAUUAGUAGAGGUUUGUUUUAGAGCCAUAUAUAAAUAUAUAUAUAAUAUAGAAAGGUAUGGAUACAAGAUAGAAAUGUGCAUUUUACAACCUGUAUCCCUUGUGUUACUGAACAAAGAGGUGUGUUUACUUACUCUAGUGCAGCUAGAGCUGUUAAAUGCAGUAGCAUUUUCAUUCUGAAUUGUGAAUUGAAUCCAAAUAUGUAGCAUUUGGAUACAGUUUGUCAACUACUACAAAAUGUGGGGAGGUGUAUCUGGGCAUAGAAAUAGUACAUGUAGAAUUUGAUAAAAUGUUUUUUAAAUUGCAAUAACGAAAAAAUGAAUAACAGACAACUAGUUGUCAUCUUUUAAUACUAUGAAAACCCUUUAGUAAUAAGGAAAGGGUGGAUUAAAAUAUGCCAAGAAACUUGAUCUCUGUUACUACUGAGCAGUGCCUGUACUGUGUUAAUAUGCAGUCCCUACACACUUGGCAUACUUGGGUGUGCAAACAGAUUAAGAAGAGGUAUCAUUUCUGGAAGUAACUUCUGCAUCUGUUGCUGCUGUGAGGGAUCUUUGGUUUUAUCAACAGAAAAAUAAAAGUUAAAUCUCACA